AGAAGUUACAAAAUAUAUUGUUUACCACAGUUGUUCAGUUUAAUAAUAAUCUCAAUGUAAAGUGAUGAUUGCUCAUCAUUUAUCUGCACGGAGCAACGAGAAGAUACUCGAAGAUGCUCAAUUCUCUGGAACCCUGAUCGCCACAAAUCGGAGGUUAAAAGACCUAGAUUUAAGUGGAGAAGGACACUUUCUGCUGGACACCUGCAUGCUUGACUUUACUGGAAACUAUUUAACUGAAGUACCGUUGGAUAUUUGCGAAUGGCACUCGUUACGGAGCGUCGUGAUGUCACGGAACCUCAUCAAAACUAUUCCCGAGUUUUUACUCCGGAUGCGGCUAAUAAGAGUCCUUGAUCUUAGCAACAACUUUUUGUCCCAUCUUCCCGCUUCUAUCAGCGAAAUGAAGUCACUCGUUAUGUUGAAAUUAAGUAACAAUAAUGUUGUUUCUAUCCCAGAUGAAGUCGGGAAAUUGAAACGACUUCAAGAACUCGAUGUUAGCGGAAACCAGAUCGACCGCAUCCCUCCACAAGUGGGCGACAUGGAGUCACUAUUACAUCUCGAUGUGUCAAGAAAUAAUAUUUCUAUUUUACCUGAUGAGCUGUCAAAAUUAUCUCUCGUACAUUUAGACGCAAGUUCCAACAAGAUUUCUUCAAUCCCACUUUGUUUCGAUGAUAUAACUUCACUGCAACAGCUAAUUGUCCAUGAUAACCCAUUAGUGUCGCCUCCAUUGAAAGUUCUAAAGAAAGGAAGAGUCCACUUGUUCAAAUCCCUCCAGCUAGAAGUUGCCAAGAGCCAGAGAAUGCAAGAAAAUGCAUUUUCUUCCAAGAAGCCCGAUGAUUUGGUUUCACAAGUUACAGCUGCACUUGGUGUAAGUGAAGCACUCAACGCAAUAUCCAACGUACUGCCUGAAGAGGAAGAAAUAUUUGUCGAUAGCCCGGUUGAAAACAUGUCUCCUGUCAAAGCACAGACAAAUGGAGUAAUGCGGGAAUCCCCUACUAAGAGACCGAAAAGCGCAUCCUCACCAAAACGACAAUCACCGAAGAAAAAAUCCCCGAAAAAAUCUCAAAGUAAAGAAGUAAAAACCCCUCGAAAGCAAAGUGUGGCAGAUAUUAUAAAAGACACCGUGAAACAGGAAAAGGAAAACAUGAGUCUUGCACGUGAUAACGCUCAUGUUCAUGAGAAUGUUACGAAUGUGAAUCACAAUCGUCGUAACUCCCGGGAAGCAAAGAUAAGUACAACUUCAUCAUUCCCGGGGUAUACCCCGCUUGUUAAGGACCAGAAGUCAAAAAGAUUAAGUUCGCACGAGCAACCACAUUUCUUGGAGGUUAUUAAACCGCGCACGGCCCAUCGAAAGAAACACACGGACACCGACCAGAUGUCUUUCACAAUGAGAAGAAGAACGGAGAAAAUUUACGAAGAAAUGGAAAUGUUAGAAGGCCUUCGUGAGAGCAUUGCAUCAAGGUUAAAGAUGCCGUUACCGCCAGACCUGAUGCCAGCGUUAGCGGACGGUGUCAUCUUAUGCCACCUCGCGAAUCAUCUGAAAGCUCGUUCCAUCCCAACGAUUCAUGUUCCGUCCCCUGCUGUUCCUAAGUUAUCUAUGGCCAAGUGUCGGCGGAACGUGGACAACUUUCUAGAUGCGUGCACGAAGCUCGGGGUGAACCCGAAGCGACUUUGUGAUUCAACUGAUAUUCUGCAUGAGCGCAAUAUUCCACAUGUUACAGAGUGCGUGAAGGAAUUACUAAAACUCGAUAAACAUAAAUCCCAAGACCACUCCACCCCAGCGCCCUCUGUUAAAGUAUCUUAUGCCAGAACAAGCACAAGCAGUCCUGUUAAAAAAAUCAUUUCUUCUUGAUUGAAAUCUUAAAUUAGCGCAAAUUUACGAAUCUUUGUAUAUUAAGAUCCUGAUUUUAUGCCGUACUUAUUUUCUAGUUGAUUUCUAGACCAUCUAACCCUUAUAAGCUGUAUCUUGAUAUGAAUCUGCUGUGAAUGUUGCACUAAGGCACCUAAAGUUAACAUGUGUCCUUGUAUAUUCCAUGUUAUAUCACCCAAAGACUAUGGGCGUCAUGAUUGGAAAUUUUAGACAAAAUUUGGGGUGACAUUGUUAAAAUGCAGUUAUACUCAUAUUUGUCAAACAUAGGGAACCUCAUUGAUUAAUGUGGUGAAUGCAAUAUACUUUGGCUCUGCUUGUUUGUAUAGACACCUAACAGCAGGAUAAGAGCAGUUUUGGAGCAAAAACUUGGGUGCCAAAACAAAAUGUCACCCUGUUUAAAAAUUAGACAUAAUUAUGUCAUCCCAGACGACCCCAACGUGACGCCUAUGCCUAUGAUCUGCUGCGUAUUAUAAUUAUAUCAACAAUGCUGCCACAUCACAAUAAGCAAUUUAUUCAUAACAAUGCAAAUUAUGAUGUCAUUGUUUGGUUAUGUCACAAUGCCCAUUGUUUAUUCAUACAAACUACAAUGAAAUACGUUAACUCCUAUUGCAUGAUUAUAAAAAGCCUUUGUCGUUUUUCCUACAAUUUUUCUCUUUUUUGAGAAAACGUUUAAAUUUGAAUUUUUCACAUAAGAUCUUGCAUUGCUGCUUGCGGGAUAUAUGGCUUGGUAUUUAUAUGAUCUUUAUGAAGUUUAAUAUGAUCUUUAUAGUCUCUUUGUUGUACUGAAGGUACCCCAAUCAUGUUCGUUAUUGUGCAAUUUAUUUUGCCGCCUACCAAAACUGUGACCACUAGUUUAAAUCACUCUAACACCUUGUCUUAUUAUAUAUGGGUGAGGUCGUAGUGUGGCACAUCUAGGGACCUGGGGCUUUUGGUUCAUUGUCACAAAAUUAUUUUUUUAUUGCUGCCUAUUUUAAAAACGUAAACUAUUAAAUUUUUUUGUUACCAAAUUAUUGAAAUUUUAAGCAAACUGACAUUAAUCUUUAACCAGUGGUUCCUUAAAACGCCUCCCCUUCUAAGUUUGUGUUAUGUUCUGUCUAUGUUCACAGUCACACCCUCACAUUUUGACUGAAACUUAAAAACCAUUUUGGUCAACUUAUUUUCAUUUUCCACCCAAAUUUUAAAUGCCUACUAUUUGUGGCCACUCAGUUAAGAUUUAGAACCACUGUGUUAGUUGGUAUUUCUGCUUAUCAAAAUAUCAUUCCAUAAGAGCCAGGGUUUCCCAAACUAAAAGGGUCACAUUCAAAGUUAACAAUGGUCCGCAACAAUAUUACUAAAACUGGAACAUAUUAUUUUUUUGGUUAGUUGCCUAUAAUAAAUUGAAUUUGGCAUAAGAUUGCGGUGAUAGAAAAUUUACAAAAACUUGUGACCCCUAAAAAGUUGGGAAACCCUAAAAGCUAAUAUUGCAGCAAAUUACUCGUAGCAGUUUGAUGUUAUAUUAUUUUUAUGUUCAGGUUGAAUUGUGGCACAUUUUAAACUUUGCUCUCUUGUUCUUUAUUUUAUUUUUGCUGAAUCAUGAAAUAUUUUGAUGAGUCAUCUUCACAGUUCCAUUUUAAUUCCUGACUUUGAUCCGAAAAAAUCCCGUUCAAUUUUUUCAGCAUUUGUUCACAUUAAGAGUCAAAUCUUGCUAGCUUGUUUCACAUGCACUUAUUUAAAGGGAUGUGAAACCAUGGGCACCAUACCUGGGGUGGCAGGGUGGGCGGGCAUACCCCUGGAAUUUCUGCAAUGCAUUAAACAUUACAACCAAUAAGUUAGACACAGGAUUGUGUCAAACUAUCCCUGCCUUCCCUGUGUUUAAGAGUUUGGCGCCUAUGUGGAAAACCAAUUAUUAUGUAGCACACAAUAUUGCAUUAUCAUACCACUGUCCCUCUUACAACAAUGGAUGUUUAUUUUGCCCAAAAUUAAUAUUUUCAGAAGGUUUGACCUUAUUUUAAAAUAUUUUCCUUUUACAAAGAAAAAACGUUUUUCGUGAUUUUUUUGUAUUUAUUUUACACAACUUUUUCCUCGUUGUUGAGUUCUUUGUUGUGGUUGGUUCGAAUAUAAAGUGACGCUUCUAUCUUACACAGAGAGCUUUUAAUUCUUCAAUAAGCCCUGCUUUUGUGAUUAAUAAAAUUAUUUUACUCAUUUCUGUGUUACUG